AUGGAGUAUGGUGACUUUGGAUUAGCGGUGUCACUAGUUAUGACGUCAGUGAGUCAGAAGGCGCACCUGAUUCACGACUCUGGGGGAUAUUUUGAUGAACAUACUCACCGUACAUAUUCACCGAAGUAUCUCGUGAACAACAACAUUACAGUCGAGAGGAUGCCGUUUACAACAUCUGGAGAUGAUUCGACUUAUACAGGGGAAUAUCUGGAUAACACGACAGAUGUUGACGAGACAUCGUUUAGUUUAAAGUCUGAAAAAGAUUUUAACUCGUUAGUAUCGGAAUUGUCACUUGGAAAUGGAGAGGAAUUGACAAAUUAUGCGAACGGAGACUAUAUUUCAGAAAAUCUUGAUAAUGAUACCGAUAAACCAUGCAAUUGUGAUACAGUUAGUUGUCUAUGUGAAACAGCUAACUUUAUGAUAACCGAAGAUAGUGAAAAUGUCAUCAAUAUUUCUUCCAAACAAUGUAAAUCUAGUUUACUCCCAAAACCUCAGAAAUCAACCGAUUCAAAGGAUCAUUUAAACAACAAUAAGGUUUGUUUUCCUAAAAGCCAGGAACUAUUGGAAUAUUAUCAAUCAACGGAAAUAAGAAAAGAUGAAGUGACUGGUGGUAAUAAGCAUACAGUUCAUGAAGGAUUUGUAACAAAUAUUGAAAGGCUAUGUCACGCUUACAGUGACGUAGUGCACGUUAAUGAUGACGCAGUUCAGUCAGCUGGUAUAUCAAGAGAAGAGAAAGAAAAUGUUAAUUGCCAUCUAUAUAAUCAUGCGAGCUUGUCACGUGGCUGUGCUGGACUUGAAACGAAUAGUUCACUUCAUGAAUCGGAAAAGCGAGAAAUUUCCGAAGACGGAAGUAUACCCAAAACACAUUUUUCGAUCGGGAAUGAAUGCAUAUUUGAUCAAGACAAUGUGCCAGAGGGGGAUGCUAUACAGAAAAAGUUGUUUAUCAAUAACUGGGCACAAGGUUUCCCUCAGGCUGGUUAUAAUGCUGAAAUGUUUGCAUCUGAGGCUAGUAACGUUGAGUCAUAUCUACUCUUCCGUCAAACAAGCAUCAAUUCAGCAGAAGAUGCUACCUUAGAGGGAUCAAACUGCAGCAGAUCCACGUCACCAGACUUGAGUGAGUCCACUUGGUCUAUUUCGUCCUUAAACGAAAUGCCACAAGGCAAUCGGAGACUCUCUUGCUGCUCAAUAGCAUCUUUGUCUUCGUUGUCAAUAGCAGAUUUUCUUCUUAGGCCACAUUCCGCAAGCACCACUGCCAAUGUAUCACUUCCUCAGUCGAGAAGAGCUUCUAUUGAUGGCACGGUGGACAAAGUCUCCUCACGGCAGCCAUUACUAUCAUGUUCAAAAUCUUCUAGGAGAGCGUCGGUCACAAGUGCUACAUUUGAAGGUCUAUCAAACUUAUCUAGGCGAUCUUCUUUCUCUGUGGUCAUUUCUCGACCAACCUCUCCUAUCAUCGAGGAGACACAUCUUGGUGUAUCUCGUAACCUUUCCCUUUCAACACUGACUGAGAUUUCAAGUAAGUCUUCUGUGUCACAAUGUUCAAGGAAAUCCUCGUUGAUCGACUCAAAUUCGACUUCUCCUUCAAGGAAAUCAUCUUACCCUGAGCGACGAAGUUCUGAUUCGUCCGAAAUAUCAUUGAUGUCCCUUCACGGUACAUUUACUGAACGGGGUUCAUUGUUCUCCAACAGUCUCGAUCCUUUGGACAGUAUUGAAAGAAACGACACACCGUCUCCCUCACCGUUCGGUGAUCAAUUGAAAUACUUUCAGGACAAAAGAAAAAACCAAAUGUUUUUGGUGAAAACUACGACAACUCGGUUAGGAUUAAACACCAGAAGGAACAGUUACAACCUGUGGAGGGAGGAAAACCUCGAUAACAGAGGCCGACCUUUACUAAAGAAACCGGAAAUCAAUGUCGGGGAAAAGACUGAUAUAUUUACAAAGGAGAGAGUAGCAGCAAUCAACAUGGCCAUGGAAUGGGUUCGGGAGGAACUGCAUCAACUGAGAGAACAAGACGAAUCCCUUGCGCACCAAUUCCUAGACAUAAGACGUACGAUUCAUGAACUGAAGUUAGACUGGAGCUGUGAGGACCACAGGGAAAUGCUUAUGCAAGCCGAGGACGAAAUCGACACAAUUGAAAACCUUAAGCGUGUUAGUGAUCUUCCAGAACACCACUCACAUGACUUCAUAUUGCGAAACAAGGGUGUGACAAGAAUAAAACUUGGAGAACGCAAAUAUUCUAUAUUCUAG